UUCCAAGCAGGUCGCCCUCGCCUCCGAAGUCCCCAUCCAGCUCUUGGGAAAGAGUGCAAACUGGUCACCAAGGUGCGAUCUCCAGAACCCUCUGGCCUCAGGCCCGGGCCCUCACUAAAUGCCCGAACGCUCUGGGACUGCCUAAGAAUUCCAGCGAGGAACAGGCUGUGUGAGGUCAGCACGCAGAGAUCGGGGUCACAAUGCAGUCCUCCCCUUCGACGCUGGGGCCUGGGCGCGCAGCAGACACCUGCCAGGCUCCGCCUGGACCGGAGCGUCCUCCCGCGGCCAGGGCUCGGGCAGUUGCUUCCAGCCUGGGACCGGCCUCGGCCUCCGGCAGAGUGCCCCGGGGCCUGGACAUGAGUGCCCAGGAGACCCCACAGGGUCGAAGAUUCCCCAUUGAGGCCGGAGACUCCCCUGGCCUUGCCUCCGCCCCCGAGUCCCAGGAUAGCCCGGAGCCUGUAGCUACGGAUCAAAACCCUGUCAGGCCGCUCCGACGCUGCCCGGGCUGCCACUGUCUGACGCUGCUGCACGUGCCCAUCGACGUCUACCUGGCCAUGGGCGGGAGCCCCCGGGCCCGUGCUACCUGAGUGCGCCUGCGCACGGCAGCUCUGCAGGAGCCGGGACGGACGAGGCCAGCCGCGGGCCACCACGCUGAGGUCGCACGCGCCGAGCACGAGACAAUGAUGCACAUUUUAAAAUAAAAGAAUGAUGCACAUUUUAAUAAAGCACAGCAUAAACUGUUCUUUCCA